AUGCCGGAGAGACGUCUAUCACGUCUACUCAAGGCAAAGCUAUUACGACGAUCAUCAACGCCCGCGGUACCCAAAACGGGCAACGGGGCGGACCCGCCAGUCCUCCCAAAUCCAACCCCGAGCGACUCUCGUCCUCUGCAUCUCUUUGACUCCGCGAGUGAGAAAUCUCCCUAUAGCGUCGUUUCUUCCGCCGACCACUCCUCGGACGAGACUGGCCCUACCUCCGAGCCCGAUCGGCACGAGGGACACGCGCCCAAGUCCAAGUCCAAUCUCCACUCGCGACCCCCCCAGCAUUCCGACGAUACCUCCUUCCAGUCCGCGGUAGUCAAGGUUCGACCUCCGGCCCCUACCGAGCUUCAAUUGACACCGACUCUCAAUACUGUCGCUGAGCGCACUGCAACUGAUCGCCGGCCGUCCUCAUCCGCCUUCCCCCCUCAAUCCAGCAAGCGCCCGAGCAUUGCCAUCCGCCGGCAGUCUCUGCUUCCAGCGUCCCACCAAAACUUGAUCAGCGGCCUUCUAGAACAAAGUCUCUUCUCAGGACUGAACGACCCGCAAACCGCUUACGCUCCUGUGGUAGCCGACGAGAUGGUCCAGCGUCGAAUCUGGGUGAAACGACCAGGUGGCUCCGCCACCCUGGUACCCUGUCUGGAGGAUGCUCUGGUGGACGAACUGCGCGACCAGGUGAUCAUGAAAUUCGCCAACUCACUGGGGAGGACAUGGGAUCCUCCGGAUAUCGUGAUACGAAUUGCCCCACGAGAGGGCUCAAAUCGACAGACCACCCCCGAGCGUCUCCUCAGUCCCGAGGAAACACUGUCAUCAAUUCUGGACACGUAUUACCCCGGAGGUCAAAAGAUAGAGGAGGCUUUGUUAAUUGAUGCACCUACACGCCGCACUCCGAAGCCCUCUCCGCGCCACUCGGUCUACCAUCAUCACAACCCGGAGCCAGGUGAGCAUGGCGAAUACUUCCCACUCAUGCCCGCAAAAGUCCCGACUCCACCUACACAUCCUGCAGCCGCCGGGCCAAGUACCGCCCCGGCGAUUUCGAUACUCAGUACUGGGGUAGCUCCCCCGCUACCUUCGCCAGGUAGGGGCGCCUCACGACAUCACCGUCGGCCACCACUUCAACGGCACACAACCAAUUCGCCGACGAUUCUCGGCCAAGGCCCCAUCGUCAGUGUGACAGCGCCGGUAACAUCGCCACGGACAUCACGCAAACCUAAGAGCGCUGCCUCACCCGGAGCAGUCUUUGGAGGGUUGAUUGAUGGUACCGUUCCUCCUAUCAAUGUUCUCAUCGUCGAGGACAACAUUAUCAAUCAAAAACUCCUCGAGGCGUUUAUGAAGCGAUUAAGUGUCCGAUGGAAAUGCGCAGCGAAUGGAGAGGAAGCGGUACGGAAAUGGCGACAAGGCGGAUUCCACUUGGUAUUGAUGGAUAUCCAGUUGCCCGUCAUGAACGGAUUGGAUGCUACCAAGGAAAUUCGUCGCCUGGAACGACUCAACGGAAUUGGUGUUUUCCCUAAGAAUGCGUCUGGUCGUUCUAGUGUUUCGAGUACAACCGCGGAUAGGAGGCCGGGUCUUCAGCGCACUGUCAGCGAGGAAGAUACCCUCUCUGACUUAUCCUUAUUCCGCAGCCCUGUCAUCAUUGUCGCUUUGACAGCGAGCAGUCUGCAAAGUGAUCGUCACGAGGCAUUGGCAGCUGGCUGCAACGACUUUUUGACCAAGCCUGUUGGCUUCCCAUGGCUAUCACAGAAGGUUACGGAAUGGGGCUGCAUGCAAGCAUUGAUUGACUUUGAGGGCUGGCGGAAGUGGCGUGGGUUCUUGGAUUCUCCGCAGUCUUCCUCGCCCGGUCAAAAUAGCGCUGCCAGCCCUAUGCAGACAGGCAACCACAACGACUACGUCGCACAAGCCGACGGACCUGCCUCGCCGUCGACGUCCCGCCAUACCAAGAAUAAGCCUUCUCGAAACGGUCUGCAAAGGCCUCACCUACCAGAUGCCGCCGAGGUCUUGCGCGAGGACUCCUGGGGCAGUGGCAGCGGCGACACGGCCGACUCCGUCCCCAGCCCUGAUACCCUGCCUGUCGAGGGCGAGGGGCAGGCGAAGAUCGACACUACUCCCCCACCAAAGCAAGAAUAA